UCCAAUAUGGCGGUAAACGGUGUAUGAAAGGUGCGGAAUGUUUUGAUUCGAAACGAACAAUAAAAAUAGUAAAAAACUGACGAAACCUGAAAAAAAUACGCAAUGGCCGGUGUGUGUACGAGAUAAAUGUGUUGAAAAUAAGCUGAAAGAUAUUUGUUCGUCGUUGUUGAGUUAAAUAAAUGUAAUUUUUCGUGGUGUGUUUUUUGUACUAUUUUCUGCUAAUGUUGUCGUUUAUAGUGAUAAGUGACGAUAGUUUACGCGAUAGAUAUGUCUACCGAUCGUGAUAAAAACACUCCAUGUCCGAAUCCGUGCGAUAUAGAAGCUGGCGCGUUUAGUGCAACCGAAUUAACAGAGGUUGAAAUUAAAAAUGAAAAUAGUGAAAAAAAGACGAAAAAUUCUCGCACUGUGUCGUUUCCAGAAGAUGAUCAGAUAGUCACGCAAUAUUUCGAGCCAGCAAACCCUUGGCAAGAUGUGCCAACAACGAGCCGGGCCCAACUCGCAGCCGAAUACCUGGAGGCAUGUCGCAAGCACAACACGCCACCUAUCGAGAGCGUCCUACAACAAAUACGGGAGGUGCCGGAGAGCUGCAUCGGCGGCGGCACCCGCGCGGCUAGGCUCACGCUGUCGGGCUGCGCGCUGGUGGGCGCGGCGCCGGCGGACGCGCUCGAGGCUGUGCUCAGGAGGGUGCAGUUCAGGAGGAUCGAAAUUGAACGCACACUCUUCGACGACGAGGCGGCGGAGGCGAUAUUCGACAUGAUAGAAUAUUAUGAGAGUGCAAUAGCUGUCUGCAUCAUCGGGGAGAGGCAGUACGGCAUCAGGGGGUGGCAAGCGGCCUCCAGGAUGAUCAAGAAGAGCGCGGAGGUGUCGGAGCUGGAGGUGUGGGAGGGCGCGCUGGAGGCGGCGCACGCGCCGGUGCUGGCGCGCGCGCUGCGCCCGCCCGCCUGCCGCCUGCGCGCGCUCAGCCUGCAGCGCGCGCACCUCGCCGGCGAGCCGCUGCUCUGCCUCGUGAUUGCACUAAAGUCGAACAGUUCGGUGCGUGAGCUGCGGCUGGGCGACAACCGGCUGACCACGAGCGACGCGGCGCAGAUAGCGUCGCUGCUCCGCAUGAACACCAGGAUACAGCUGUUGGACCUGUCCAACAACCAGAUACAGGACGCGGGCGUGGCGCACCUGGCGGAGGCGCUGGCCGAGCAGGCGGCGCAGACGCCGCCCUCCGCCGCCGCCUCGCCGCUCUCGCCGCACGCGCUGCACUGCCCGCUGAUGGGCAGCUACGACACGCGAGGACUGGCCUUCCUAGUGCUGUGGAACAACCAGCUGACGAGGAACUGCGCCCACCAUCUCAGCAGGGCGCUGCGCGCGUCCCAGUCGCUGUGCGUGCUGAACAUCGGGCGCAACGCGGUGGGCGGCGACACGGUGCGCGCGCUGGCGGCGGCGGCGGCGGCCGGCGUGCCCGGCGUGCCCGGCGCGCCGCUGGCCUCGCUCGGGCUGCAGGCCGCGCGCCUCGGGCCCGACGCCGCGCCCGCGCUCGCGCACCUGCUCGCCAGCCACUGCGGCCUCCAGCGUCUGGAUCUACGCGACAACCGGCUGGGCGUGGCCGGGCUGCAAACGCUGCUAACCGCCAUGAAGGAUAACCACACGCUCACGCAGAUCGACCUAGACGAUCCGCCGGAGCCGCCGCCCAAUCCACGGGCGGAGGCGGAAGCGGGAGCGGAAACGGGCGCGGAGGCGGAGGCGAACGCGUUGGCGCUGGUUACGCAAGCGAUACGCGCCGCGUGCCGCCGCAACGAGACGGGGGGGUCGCCCGAGCGACGCGUGCAUCGCAAGAUCAGUCUCACGUGCCACACCGCGCACGCCUGCCUCGCCAGAAGUACAACGAUGGGUGCUACCGGCGUGGUGAACACGGGGUCGGGGACGCUGGGCCCCGCCGCGGCCGCGGACGAGGAGCGGCGGCCGCGCCUGCGCUCGCCGCUGCCGUCGCCCGCGCCCUCCCCUGCGGGAAGUCCCGUGCCCGCUGCACACCACUCGUCCAGGUUCUCGGUGAGCCGAGUGUCGGGCGAGAGGGACUCCUCCGACAGCUCGAGCCCGUCGACGCCCACCCGCCCCACGUACUGCCCCACGCCGUCCCGCUUCCGGGUCGUGCAGGUUGCCGAACCACCUCAAAUCCAAGUGCACCCAGCCACCACCAGUCAACCACGGCGGAGUGCGUCCCGGUUCUCUGUUACCAGAAACUACGACUCCGUCUACAACCCAACGCAGGUCCCCUCCCCGCCACCCAGUGCUGACGCGACAACCGCUCGCCCCGAGAAGGCAACCCAACCCGAGAUUAGCAGUAAUCAAAUUACUCCAUCUACAACCACAAUGUCUGAGUCAACAUCGAAAACGAAACGUAAUACAGUCGAGACUGAAUCUAUAAAAACAAACCAGCCAGAGGUUUCAAUAAGUCCAAGUGAUUCAACGACAAAUAGGCCUGAACCGAAACGUAGACCUCCCCCCACGCCUAUACCGCAACACUCAUCUAAAUUUGAUCUAACAAAUACUUCGGACUUAUCAUCACCUGAGUCUGGUACUCAGUCAGAAUCUGAAACACAAUCAGAGUCUGAGUUAAGGCUAGACGAUACAACGAAUAGACCUAAGUCCGAAACCAUAAGGUCUGAUAUUAAUGAGUGUAACUCAAAUGUUCCUAGUUUAAUACAAGAAACUAAACCCAGUGAUGAUAUACUCAAUAUAGAAACAGUAAAUAAGUCUAGCCCAGUGAUAAUAACAGAUGAUCAAAUUGCGUCAUCUCUAGACGUGGAUAAGAAAACUGAUACCGAUUCUGAGGCUCAAGCGACAUCAGAUUCAGGGAUAUCUUCGGAUAAUGUCGAUGCUGGAUCUGAACUUAUAGAAUCAAAAAUGCCAGAUAAACAAAAGCCGAUCGAAUCACAAAAACACGACAGUGAUAUAAAAGUUGAACAAACCGUAGGGCUCGAUGCCAAAAAUAUUGCAGAUAGUGUUAGUGAAAAUAUUAAAAGUGACACUAAUAGUGAUAAAGUGAAAGCUAAAACUUAUAGUGACAUAGUGAAAUCAGACAAAAAGACGUUUAAGGACAAAACUGAACAGUUAGCUCAUAAUGAGGAAGUUAGUGUUAUAGAUAAUGCUGAAAUACUUAAAACAGAGACUAAGCUAGUUAAAAAUUCUUUAGAAAUUAAUGAAAACGAUAAAGUAGACGUUCAAGUCGAGGUUACAGUUAAAACUGAGACACCUGCCAAAGUGAAUAGUGACCAAAAUGAUAAAGAAUUUAGUAAUAAAGAUGAUGCCAGUGUAAAUAAAGAGAAACGCGACGAAGCCGCAAUGAAACAGAUAGAAGCAAUCACAGAGGAUCUAGGCAACUUAAUACAAGAAAUGAAAGAUUUCUCCACGAAAACAACAGUCCACAGGAAGGACAUGAAGAGUGAUUGCACCCAGACAGACGUGGUUGAUGUAAAUAAGUUAAAUUUUGAAAAUGUACCUGCUAAUGUUAUACGCGAUAAUGUAGUUCUUAAGAAGAAUAAGAGUGAGUCCAGUUUAGAUAGUCCAGAUUUGGAGGUUUCUAGGCUUAUGAAUAAGAAAUUGGUUGGUAGUCCGUUCUGUGACAGUAGUUCAUCUUUGGAGAUAUCUGGGAGCUCAGUGGAAAGCUUGAACACCAUGGACGCUCAGCAGAAUGUGCAGGUAGCUAAACCUAUUAUAAUACAGGAGUCUGUGGAGAGCUACACAGAAUUGGAUAGGAGAAAACCUGGCAAUGUUAUGCUGUCAACUGAGAGUAGUAUAGAAUCGAAUACUAGUGAAGCAACACCAGUGAACAGUGGAAACUUCUUAAAUAUGUCGGUUAGUUCAAACGAGAGUGUAUCACCCAUUAUAUUUGGGAAGAGUAGGAAAAUACAUGACUCAUUGUCUAGUUUGGAAGCCAGUGUUAGUAGUUUAGAUUCUGGUAAACAGGAAAGAGUAAUGGUUACAUCUGCAGAUUCGGGUAUAGAAUACUCUCUGCAAAAUCCAUCUGAAAACAAAGAAGACAAUUCUUCUAAUGAAGGCACCCUAACAAACACUUCUAGUUUAAAGGAAUCUGCCAGGAAAACUGAUACUGUUCUACACGAUACAUUGACUUCUCCUAAAAGAACUUCCAGUCUGUUAGAUGUUCCUGCUUUAAAGAGUAAGGGUUUGGAUCGAGUAAAGAAAAUGUCAUGGGUUGCUCCAUCUCCGAGCUUCUACAUCCCACGGCCGGAGCCAGAAAAAGAGACCAAGUUACCAUCUAAUCUUGAAAAAUUGCUGAGUUUAUUCCAACAUCCGAGUAUCUUGUUUUCCCGAAGUUCUUCAAAUGAUGAAGAAAAGAAGUCUGCUUCAAGCACACCUCCAAGGAAGGAUUCUUCUUUAACCAGCUCUUUUUGGUCUUGGGGAAGUACAACUGAUAAAGUAGAGAAGGAGGACAAAGAGGACUCAUCAGAGGCUACUGACUCUACUCUAUCGGAGCGUAUUCAAGUUUCCUUUGUUGAUGAGUCGUUCUCGAAGAAAUUAGAUAGUAAAACACCGUCGACAGAUACAGAUAACACUUUAAGUGAAUUCCAGACCUUCCAGCCUGAAAGUGAAACAUCAGAAGAUAAGGAUGGGCUUACAGACAUAACCACCGAUUUAGUACAAAAAUAUUUAGAUGUAAGUAAAACGGACGCGAGCUCGAACGGCAAUAAGCCGCGAGCUAGUGAUAACGCAGAUCUCAAUAAACCCAACGAUUUAAAUAAAAAUGUUGUAAACACAGCCGCAGGCGAUACCAACAAGAAUAAAGAAACAGAUGAGAAAGUGGAAAAGAUCGAGGCGAAAGAGGAAGCGGUCAGACCUAGGUCGUUUGCUGCGGUCCUAAAGUCUUCAGGAUCCGAGAACUCAUUAGAUAAACAGAGUAGUCCCGACAGCGGCCAGCCUGUUGAUAAAUUACCGAAUAAAGUGAUAAGAGGUAUCAAAGAGAACAUAAGUCCUGAAAACACAUUGACUUCUAGUAUGAGUAAUACUAAGGCAUUGGCUAUAGAGUUGUCUGAGAAACAAGUGAAGCACCAGCCUAUAGUGAAUACCGUUUGGGACGUCACAACGACAUUGCUCGAUAGAGGCGAGUGCAAAAUGGACGAAAUUAAAACACAAACCGACUUGGCGCCGAUAGCGACUAUAGAAGAAACGUGUGACGCUGAUAAUAUAGUUCUUGAUUAUAUAGAUGACGCGAAAUUUGACGAUCCGAAUACUUCUGCUGACAGCGGGGUGACAUCCCUCGAAGGCGCUGCAGAGGAUAGUAAGAAAUUUGAAGAUAAAGUGAUACAGUUGACAAGUGACUUGGAGAAUGUCGAUCUAGGCAAAGAUGCGUUGUCAUAUCUGAUAUAUGAAAAUCAGGACUUUGAACCUGAUGUGGAACAAGCUGUGCAGACUAAGGAACAGCAGGGUUCUCUAGCCCAGGAGUUGAAGGAAGCUGAGAUAAAGGAGAUGUUGGAUUUAUCACCCGAAUUGGUCAUCGACGAUGCAGUGGAGGUUCCCGAAGUCUUUACAGCGAAAGACAUAAAAGGCUUGCACACAUCCCCCGUGAUACCUGAACGGGCGAAGUUGAAGAAAUCGAAUUCUCUAGAAGAUCUAUCGAUAGAAGAGAAGGAGAGCCCUAAAACGAAAACUAUAGUGUUCAAAGUGCCUGAAAUUUCGACGACGCCCCGGGAUAUACCCGAAAGGAGGUCUAGGCUGCGUACCAGAAGUGGUUCCAGUCCUAAAUCGUUGCCAGAAAGUUUGAACAAGCCAUCGCCGUUGACGAAAAUGGACGGUAUACUGUCCAAGAAGAAGAAAAAGGUGUCAUCGCUGGGGAAGAUCGCGCGGGACUCCUUACUUGCGCUGAACAUGAGCGAAGAAGAGAUCGCGGAGUUCAGGAAGUCGUACAAGCUGACCUCAGUGGAAAGUCUCAAAUCCUUGGAGUCCGUUUCCGAGGACGCGAAUUCUCAGAGCGGUAACUCCGUGGACUCAAGGUGUCGCGCCUGCCUGCGAACCUCUCAAGAGAGUCUCAUGUCCUUGGACUCGAUAACGGAAGAUUGCAAAUGUACGGAUGACGAGAAAAGUCAACAUUCGAAUAGAUAAAUCGCCUGCGUUUACAUCGUCGCCAGUCUGUGAUAGCGUUACAGAUCCACGGGUAUUUAAACAAGUCGUUCUAUCGUUGGUGCAGUGUUAGGAAAUUGUGUGGACCCAUAUAAAAAAUAUGAGUAUAUUUUCUUCUUUUUUUUUUUGGAUGUAAUAAUUAAACGAAAUUGUCUAUGGAAAAAUUAUUUGGCUAUGAAUAAAUAAAAGUGCUUCUGAAAUAUUGUUACAAGUAUUGCUGUAACUUUUUUUGUAUAAAAUAAAAAAAUCUAAUUGUGUAUAAAUGUGUACAGUCAUCAACAUUUUUGUAUAAACGUCUCGCUAAAGGCACCCGUACACGCGCGAUACUCGAUCGCUACUUACUAAUGUAACAUAAAGUGAAUUAUGUACGACUUAUUUAGAUGAAAUAGCUAAGAAGAAACAAGUGUUUAUAAUAUAUAAAUUUAUCAACAUAUCAAAUUGAUAUGUUGACGUUUUUUCCUUCUAUAAUAUAUCGUAAUUGUAAAAUAAAUGGUAGAAAUAUUA